AUGGCCUCGGGUGUGGAAUCGUUUGAAUCAUUUCAAGAGGAUAUCGACGAUUCGUCUUUUUACGAUGCUACCUACGCCUUGCUCACGCAGGAUUUGUUCGGUGGGAGCGGACCCAAUGAGAUAUGUUCCACAGAGAAUGUGAAUGAUAAGCUUGAACCCUAUCAGAAGCAUAACAAUGCAUCGCCGACCACGUACUCGUCCAAAGACGUAGAAGGAACAAAUACUCUGAAUUGCCCACCUGCAGACUCCAUCACGUCCCCACACGAAGCUUCCGUAUCGUUCUCCUCCUCCUCCUCCUUACCACCAUCUCUACCAUCUCUGCCAACGCUGGCUCUCGAACAACUCGAAGCACAGCCAAGACCACUGAAGUCCAAAGGUUCACGGAGCGCAGAUUCCAAAUUGUAUGAGAGGAUUAAUAAAUGGAUCGAGGAACAAAUCGCACAGUUCAAUAAACUUUACACUUGGAUUAAGAAGGAUCUCGAGCUCCAGAGGGAGGAUUGGAUCAGAAACAUAUAUGCGAAAUCUUUGACAAAUGGCGACUUCAGGUACGCAAUCAUGCGGGAACACCCGCGUCAUCCACUUCACAGUAAAUCGCCUCGACAUAUUGUGCGGUUCAUGGUGGCGAAUGAUAUAACUGAGUCGCUUUGGCAAGAAGACCCCAGGCUCCGGAAACUUCACCAAGAACUCAAGCUGGACGAGGAACUCUUUCAAGGAUGGUUCAUGUUAUGA